CUCUUGCAGCUUCUAUAGGGCAUACACUGGUCAAUUUGCUUCUUAGAUACCUGAGUCUUUGCUGAUGACUUGGCUUUAAGUACCAAAAUGCAGUUUUUCAUAGAGAACCAGUAAAAGAAGCAAAAACUGACAGAGGUAUGUUUAUUGAUUGUCUUGCUUGACAGCCACGAUCCUGCAUGUGUGCUAGGUAAAACUUGGCUUCACUGGCUCUGAAGGGUGUCUCUCCCUCAUGGUGACGGUACAGGAUACUGAGCGUUAUGCCACCUUAUUUGCCACUGUCAUCCUCAAAUGUGACUACAGCACCUCGGCUCAGCUGCAGGAUGUGGUAGUGACUUGGCGCUUCAAAUCCUUCUGCAAGGACCCCAUCUUUGACUACUACUCAGCCUCGUACCAGGCUGGUUUAACUCUCGGCCAGGACCCAUCUAAUGACUGCAAUGACAGCCAGCGGAAGGUGCGCACUGUCAUCCAGAAGUAUGGGCAGAAGGAGCCUGUGCUGGGUGUUGAUUACCAGCAGCGAAAGAUCACCAUUCAGAACCGAGCAGAUCUUGUCAUCAGUGAGGUCAUGUGGUGGGACCAUGGCGUAUACUUCUGCACUGUGGAAGCACCAGGAGAUACUACAGGUGAUGGAGACAAAGAAGUUAAGCUGAUCGUUCUCCACUGGCUCACAGUACUCCUCAUCGUUCUUGGUGGCCUCCUUCUCCUUCUGCUGAUUGGAGUAUGCUGGUGCCAGUGCUGCCCACAGUAUUGCUGCUGCCACAUCCCAUGUGUCUGCUGCCCAAAAAGAUGCUGCUGUAAUGAGGAAGUACUGGAGCGACAUCGGUUCAUGAAGCAAGCUCAGGCACUUGCACCUUGGCUGGCACCCAACAUGCUCUACAGAGGUAGUGACAGGAACUCUCAACUUUCCUCUUACCAGCUGAACCCUCUACUACAACAAGAUGUGUCUCUGCAGAACAGUCUUCCAUUGGUGCAGCCACAAGCUCAGCUCUCCCCUAACAAGGGUGUUUUGGAUUAUCUGGAAUCUGAAAUCCAAAACAUGAACGUGUCACAGCUCCGGCCAUCUUCCCACCAGCGGCAGGCCGUGCAGCCAAGCUUGCUGACCUCCCUGGGCUCCGAGAUUGUGCCACCUCCUCUCACUGAUCACAUCUCCUCCAUCCACGGAAGCAGCAACUCCUCUCGUCCGCAGAGAGCUGCCCGCAACCCCAGGUCCCAGGACUCUGCAGCAGAGGACAGGAGAGAGAACCGGAGGUGGCCCUUGCCUUCUAGUGGAGAUUCUCAUUCCAGCUACAGCCGGGAUGCCUGGGACAGGCAGCGGGAGGACUAUCCUCAGAGGCAGAGGACAGAUGGCUACAAUGGCAGGCCCCAGCACUCUAGGCGGGAUGUGUCACCCCCACGCCAGGCUGACAGGGGCAAGAGCAGCAGCAGCAGCAGUUUCUAUCCAGAAGAGGCCAAGGAGCACUCCAACCACCGUCGUGGCUGGAGACGGGAGCCGGCAGAGAGGCGAGAAUAUCAGCACCACACCAGGAGAAGCAAUCACUCAGGUCAGCGGCAGCACAGCUACUCUCCCCCUUCUCGCCGGGGGUCAUGGAGCAGCUCAGAAGAGCAAGUUCGUCUCCCAGCGACAAACCGCAAGCGGCGGCACCAGUCUCGGGAAUGGCCAGAAGAGAAACCGCCCAGUUACCGCUCCUUAGAGAUCAUCCCGGGUUUGGACAAGAAGCACCAAGGCCGUGCAGAUCCACGCUCGGACAGAGGAAGUUCCCACAGUGGAAGAAGCAUAGUCAUUUAGUGCUGCCAGUGCUGAAAGAACUAGGAUUCCUGACGCACUCCUCCAUUUUUCUACUGCGUAGGUGGGAUGGCUGCUUCUGAUUGAACAGACAACAAAUGGAACAAUUGAAGAAGCAGCUUCCCCUUAGACUUACAACUCUGAAGAAUCUGUAUCUAAUGCCUGUGGAAGCAAUACAGAACCCAUUUUUAACUCUUGCUGUGAUUUGGAAACUCAGGAUUGCAUUGGACUGUGAUCCAUUGAAAGCAUUCUAUUGGAAACAGCAUUUUUUUUUCAGUAAAUGAUUUGUUCCCAGUCUUUAAA